AUGUCCUCGGAAGCUUUGGACGGGAUUAAUGUGGUGCGUGACCCUUUGUCUGCUACAGCUCAAGAAAAGCAAGUUCAAGAACGAGAUGAGCUCCACGAGAGUGAACAAUCCAUUGCACGACAUGAGGUCGUCGCGGCAAGACUGUACACGGCGCCUGUCAAGAUGAUUGGUGCCUACACGCCCGCUGCGCGGUGCAUGUUGCUGCAGAAGUACAUGGCUAAACGUGCGCGCAGGUUGUCUCAGCAUAAAUUGCGUUACGGUGUGCGUAAGGCGCUCGCGACUGCGCGGCCUCGCGUCAAUGGUCGCUUCGUUAAGACCGUGCAGCCACUCAUGGCUGCUGUUGCGGUCUCCCACCAGGUGCAACACUAG